CUUCCUCCCACGCACGACGCGUGAGAGCUCUGUGUGGUCCUCGGCUCCAACCACCGCACAUGCUCCUCCACCUUUUCCCCCUCCUUAAAGCUGCCUUGGCGUCGCGCCCCAAACCCUAGCGCCUCCCCACUCCUCCCAUCGCGCCGCCGCCAUCUCCUCCAUUUUCCUUUCUCUCUUUUUUGUGAACCACCGUGAGAAGCUCACCGUCGCCCCGCCAUCUCCGGCCGCCCCUCGCAAAACCGAGAGUACCAGAAGAUGCGGCUCGUUCUCCUCUUCAACCUGGUACAAGGAAUCGAGCCAAGACCCCGUAAAUCGAGCGCACGGUCGCCGAUUCUCCAGUCCGGCCAUCGCACUCCGGCGUCGAUUCCGGCCGCCCUCGUCCUCCUCCGGCUAAACCGAGCACACCUCCGGCUUCCUUGUGUCCAGGCGCAGCCCCGACGGUGUCUCGCCCGUCCCAGCUAGGCCGCUCCUGUCGUUCCCGUGGUCGACAUGGUCUUCGCUGCCAUGGACGUUCCUGAUCCAGAUCUCCAUCCUGGAUGGUUUCAAAAGCAAGCGUGUCCUCUCCUUGCCAUGAUCCAAGCCAACAGCCCGGUGAUGGGCCUGUCCCAGAUCUCCCCUGUGCAGCCCAUUGCCCGCGCGUCCAGCAACUUCCCGCCGCCUACGCGGUUCCGGCCCAGUUUUUCCGACGCAGCAUCAGGCCAAAUCCGGCCCAGUACCACGCAGAUGGGCCUGUCCCAGAUCUCCCCUGUGCAGCCCAUUGCCCCCCCGCGUCCAGCAACUUCCCCCCCCCGCCCCGCGGUUCCGGCCCAGUUUUUCCGACGCAGCAUCAGGCCAAAUCCGGCCCAGUACCACGCAGUACCUCCUUGCGAGGGGGACGCAUCGGCGUGUUAUGCUUGCGGUAUAGAACUGUUAGUUUAUGCGCUCUCCAUCUUCUCCGAUUAG